AACUGAGUGAACAACAACAACGACUUUGCAUUUAUAGUACGAUUUGUAGACAAUGCUCGAGCGACAGCAUUCAAUACCUCUACUUUCCUUUCAUGGCAUGCGCCGCUACGAUUCUGUGCUCUUUUCUGCUAUUCUCAUACAAUCAAUCCACACUAAACUUGCCAAUCUCGUACACACCCGAAAGCAAAGCGAAGGCCCCAUGGGCCAUUGAUAUGAGAAUCUUAUACUCACUUGUCCUCCUUUCCAAGCUGAUGGGUGGUCAUCACAGGCGAAGGUCUAUUGUCUAUGUUGGUGCAAUGUGCACGUGAGCGACGCGACCACGGCAAGUCGGAGUAUGAGCAUUGGAAUACGGAGACGCAUAUAUGUUUGAUUUCCCGCUGUCUCACUCUUCCCUCAGUCCGUCAUAUCAGACUGAGGGUG